AUGUUUUCAGGUGGAAGGUUGGCGAAGAAAAAUUGCGCGCGAAGGACAUCUAGUGAAAACAUGAACCGGAAAAAACUGGUCGAUUCAUUUCUUGUCUUGACCUUUCGUCUAUCGACUCAAACGACGACGGCGUCAACUGCUCCAGCGCCUUAUUGCGACGACAGCUUUCAGAAAGGUGGCGAAUUUGAUCGUCGCACAGCAACGCCCGUUGCCCUCAGUAUCCAGCUAUGCCAAGCACCGCCUCAGACACCCACCGCCUCAGUGUCGCUCGACGGUUCCCGACCACCUACGGUGUUGCCAAUGCGGCUGCCAUCGCCUUCACCGUACUGGUACUCGUCCAUUCUUCCCAGCGAGAAGGAGGUGCUCGUAAACGAGAAAAGACUGUUUCUUUCCACUCGGCUGAUCAGCAUCGAUGACCUGUUCCUACAACCGGUUCUGUUCACACGAUGGUCCAUUAUGGCUGACACCUUUUGCUAA